AUGGCACCAAGCCGCUUGUGUGCGCGUGGACCAAUCAGCAGGCCGGAUCGGGCCGUCCCUGUGCCUCCGUGUCUGCCGGCGCCGCGGCCUGCGGCCCACUGGCCAGGGCCGGUGGCGGCAGCGACUCGACCCGCCAGAAUAGGCAUUAGCCCCGGGCGCCGGGCGGAAAAAGAUUCUCCACCGCUCGACCAGCCAGCGUGCAUGCCCUCAUCGCCGAGCAGCAGCUGCACCGGCGGAUCCUGCCACGCCGGCCUCGGGCAUGCCGGGCCGAUUGGGCCAAUUGGAUCUCUCGGACCAAUCGGACCAAUCGGGACGCUCGACCAGCCCCCGCCGGCUUGGCCGUCCGGAGGACAGCGCCUGGACAGCGUUGCGGCGGCCGCCGCCGUCGCUUGGGCCCAAUUGGUCGGGCCGCAGUCCGAGUCCGGCAAUUGCUCACUGAAGCCGGCGACCAUCACGACGGCCACCACCGCCUCCGGUUCCUCGGCCUCGGCCUCGCCCUCACCUUCGACCUCGCCGGCCCCCCACCUUGCCCCGUCUACGUCCUCCUCCUCCUCUUCAUCAACGUCGUCGUCGUCGUCGCCGUCGUUGUUGUUGUUGUUGCCAUCCCCCACCGCCUCGUCUGUGCAAUCUGCCGCCACCUCCUCCCCCGCCUGCAAGGCUUUCCUGUCUCCCCGGGCCCCGUUUCCCACCAGCCCCCCACGCCCCUCAGCCUCAGGUCGGGCCGACGAAGCGACGUCUUCGGGGCCGUUCGACGCCGUCCCGACGACAGACCGACUUGAGCCGCCAUUGGCCGGCUCCGUCGGCCAGCCCACCUCCCUGUUGCUCGGCCUCCACCCACCCCGACACCUGCCGCCCGUCUAUCCACACCGAGUCGACCACUCGCUACUCCGCAGGCCGCACACCCUCCUCUUGUCGGGCUCUGCACCGCUCGAGUCGGCCCAGCUGGCGGAUGGCCGCACUGACGUGUACACACACGUCGCGGUAACACCGAGCCUCCAGUUGCCAGCUGCCGCUUCCGGCUGCUCGGACGGUCUGGCACACGCGCACGACAACGCAAUGUUGGUGCUGACAACGUCGAGGCGUCUUGACGACGAGUAUCCGGGCCACGAGGCCAAGCAGGCGAGAGAAGACGAGUCGGGACAAAUGGGGGAGGGCGAGCAGAAGGAGAAACGCCAAUGGGACAUAAAGGACCUUCAUUUGGUCAGAGUACGUUCAGCUGCCGUUUAA